AUGCUCAAAGCAUACAAGAACCUGUCGCCGAAAACGCGAGCUGGUGUCGGUAUCGGCCUCAUCGCCUGGAGUGUCGUGGGUCUCCAUCUCUCUGACCAGGCCGAAAAAAAGCUUGGGUACGAGCCAUCGGAAAAGGAUAAGGAGGAGCUGUGGAAGUGGGCACCCAAAGUGACAACUGUUGAUAAGUCAGAUAGCAGGUAA